AUGGUCGUCGUCGACCACGACGCAGCGUGGGCCAACGUACCGGAGCCGGACCCCGACGAGAGCUACGACGCGAAAAAGGGGAACUGGAGAGUGGCCUCGCAGCUCGGGAUCCUGGUGACCUUCGCGGACGGCAUGGCUUUGUCUGGACAAGCGGGCCUGUGCGGAAGGACUCGAGACCAGGGGCAGUACUUCAGGUCGAUGUACGAGUCAUUGGUGAGAGGGAAGAUGGUGACGGUCGAGGCCGCUCAGCUCCCCAUCCUCUGCUUGAGACUGAAAGCUGAGAGAUGGGGCGAGAAUCUCCCCAUAGCCUGGAUUCCCGGCACCCUUCAAAGAGGGGACAUUUUGACAAAGCCACAGAUGGUGGGAAGCGAUGGCGGCUUCGCUUUUAUUGCCUCUUUCGAUCGGGCCAACCGAAGGCAUUCUGGCGCGAAGUGGAAAACUACGUCCGAGGACGUACAGGCUGUGAUCCUGUCCUACUCGUAUGAACAUGCUCAGCGUGUUCAGACGAUCAGAGAGCUCAGCACCAUGCGCCGCCUUUGCCAUGCUCUGCUGCUGCUGCUUUCGCAACGCCUGGCACGAUGCCCGCCGGCAUGCUGCCUGCUUCUGCCACUGCUCGUGCUUUGCCUUUGUUGCCUGCCUUUUCUGCGUCCGCUGCUCCUGCUGCUUCCGCACCUACUCCUCUUCCGACCGAUCUUUCAGCUUGUCCUCUGUCCCUUCGCGGGGAUCCAGAGGGCGCUCGGGCCCUUUUUGGGUCCGGGCCGGACGGCCGUGGUCCACCGAUUUCGGACCCGGCGUCCUUCCGCCCACCACGCCCCGAUUCCUGUGGGCCGGUGGCUGGCCGCGGUGGAGCCUCGCCCCCGAUUGAGCGAGCAUCCGGGUGCACUACCGCGGCGGGCCGCCCCCGCCAUCGAUAACGGCGGGUGGCAUAACGGACCCUGUGCUGUCAGGGCCCUGGUCGAUGAAGCCAUUGGGUCGGAAGCAUCCGCGCGCAUCGCCACCGAUAUUCUGGCGAUCGCGCAGGGUGUGACCAACACCCAGGCCGACCUCGAUAUACUGAGGAACGGCGUCUCGGAUAUCAUCGAAGCGCUUGAGAGCAAGAUCCGAGACAUGUGGGAGCUUCUCCAGGCCGAAUUGAGGAAAGAGCGUGAGCUGUUCAUGCAGUUUCAGGACUCUUUCCGCGAGAGGCGGAUUUCUGAUCACGAGACGCUUGAAGAUCAUUUUGCGAAGCUCACCUCGACGAUCAAUGAUCGACUUAUUGAGUUCGAUGAGCGGAUCCAUCAGUUCAACGAAAAGCGUGCUGGAUCGCUAUCCAUGCAGCUUGCCGAAACGAUCCGCCACAUCAAGCAGUACCCAGACGCGCUGCGGCAGAUUCAGAUCAAUAUUUCUAAUGCCGAAGCGCGCGUUGCUGCUGUGGAGCAGAAUGCUACUCACCGCAUCGAAGUCAUCAGAUCCGAGAUGAGUCGCGCUCUCUACGAUCAUAAGGAGAGUAACCGAGCUCAUAUCGAUCAGCUGACUGCUCGGAUCCAGCACCUCGAGAACGCUCAUGUCCGCAGAGGCGGUUCUGAUAGAUCGACGCCUUCGCGUCCGGAACGAACGCAGUUCUUCGAUAUCAGUGACCAUGGUGGGGAUAUUCCACGCCCCGCGGACCUGCCGCCAGUUCCAGGUGCUCUAUUCCCUGGCGGACCGACUACGGCCAUUCCGAGGUCUUCCCUGUUGGGUCCGAUCGAUCAUGGCUCUCCGCCGGGCGAGCGCAGCAACGAGUCGCUGACGAACAACCUGCCGAAAGCCGUUCCUUCCGCAAAUGCCGCCGGAGCGACUUCCGGUCAGACUCCGAGCCUCAGGUCAAGCCCGACCUUCCCAUGCCAAAUCUCCUAUGACACUCGAACUGUCCCGGCAGGGAAGGGACCGUCACGAUGGUAUGAUGCGAUGCUUGGCCGAUCGAAUCUCAUUGGCAACGGUGCUGGCGCACCAAUUCUCAGUGAGACCGGUACUUUUACCCUUGCGCCGAACACGAGCGUUACUGCGACGCUUCAGCAUGAAGCGGCCAAUGAUGCCAUGCCCCCGAUGCCCACCUUCAGUGCCAGAACGUCCAUUCCUGCACCCAGUGCCGCGCCAUCCGGAUUUGGUGGACCGCCUCCCGCGUAUAACGGAGGCGGCGGUUAUUCUGGUGGUGAUGGCCCCAACGAUAAUGGGGGUGCAUAUGGCGGUGGCUUCGGAGGACAUGGGCACCACGGGUCCGGUUUUGGUCCCGGUGGCGGUGGUGGCCCACCCGACGGCCCACCUGGUGGUCCGCCUGGUGGUGGUGGCCCUCCUGACGGGAGUGGUCCGCCCGAUGGCGGCCUUGAUCCGCCUAGCAUCAGGCCCUCCGGUCGGCCGAGUGGGAACGAUACGUUCCAGUGCGAGCGAUGCACCGGAACUUUCCCGACCAUCGUGCGACGGUCGUGCAUCUCUUGCCGAUUCUCGUGUUGCAACGGAUGUUGCCGAGAUCCUUUGAGAAUCUGUCUCGUGUGUCUUGAGAGACAGACUGGGAAUCCACCUGGUCCCAACGAUUCGGGAUUCGGUGGACCCAAGGGCGAUGGAUCACUGAGCGAGGCCAAGAAGGCGAAGUGCAAGUCCUUUCGUCUCGAUCCUGAGCCGGAGCCUGCUCAGUUGCGACGCUGGAUCGUCGAUAUGAAAGAGCGAGUCGCGAAUGCAUUCGCCUACGAUCCCGGAUACGCACUCUCAUGGGUUGAGAUUCCCGAUGGUACGCGAUAUGAGGAUCUCCUCGAUGAGUGCAAGUACGGAAUGCUUGAAAAUGAAUGCAACUCUGCGUUCCGUGAGUGCGUCCGAUCCAUUGCACUGAAGAAUAAGAUCCAGACCGAGACCGAGCGCAUGCAUACGAUAAACCGGCGACUCGGAAGUAGGCAGAUCUUGUGGCUAUUGUAUGAUUUCCUUCGACCACAUGUCACCGGCGAUUCAACUUUCAAGCUCGUUGACCUGAUGAAGACCACGAUUGAUCGGUUUACUCAUGGAUCCGAGCAGGAAAGGUUAGAAGCCUUCUCCAAUCGGUGGGAUCAUGUUCUCGCUGGUAUCUCAGUCGAUCGCCCCGAGGAUCCUGUUCUCUGCGCUCUCUUUUAUGAGCAGGUGCGUGAGUUCCGCUGUCUCGAGCUCGACAUGCAGCUAUGGGACAGGGACGUAUCCGUACGGAACUACGCAUACUUGCGAACCGUCUGCGUCAAUGCGAUUACAACUUGGCGCCGACGACGCAAUCAGGAGAAGAUGUACACCGCUACGAGGUCUACUUCUGCGCAGAGACGAUACGCUGAGCUCGCCGAGGCGCUCGUCACCCAGACGAUCCUUCCCGCGACGCGGAUCGCCAAGACGAUAUUCCCGCAGUCCGGGACGAGCAGCUCCCGCACCGACUCGCCCAAUGCAAUGACAGCAUCAUUCUAUGGAGACUUCGCCUUCGCUUGCGUUGCAUCAUUCGAUAUGGCAUGUCCGUCAGUCAAGCGGAAGACAGUGUCGUUUGGGAAUACUGAGACCCGCGUGAUAGAGUCUUCUUUCCCGGAGCCAAACUUCGGUCCCGUCAAUCGCGAGAGGAAUUUGAACUAUUCGUGGCCGGAAGAUAUCCGUGGUCUGAAUAGUGCUCGCGAGAGGCGAAGGGCGCACAUGAAGGCUGUGCUUUGGAGAGAGCAGGUUUUGCUCGAUGACGUUGAUGCCAAAACGCUAGGUAAUGAUGCUUGCGUUCUUGAGCUCACGCUGUCUCAGCGGAGCGCUUGCGAGGUCUUUGCUGCUGCUGUCAAGUCUAUUAAGAGGGUCCGGAGACUAAUGCUCGACUCCGGGUGCGGUAUAGACCUUAUUGGUCUCGGUGAUCUGUCCCGCGAAGAAAGGGACCUGAUAGUUCAGAAUGCUAAGAUCAGCCUUAGGACCGCCAAUGGGAAAACUAACACCAAAGGUGUUGCCCAUAUGCGCAUUGACGGCCUCGAUGAGCUGAUCGUAGUCGCGGGUCGACCUGAUCUCCCUCGUGUGUAUCCGGCACUCCCAGCACCGAUCAUUAUUCACGAGAAAAUCGUCGCUGCGGGUGAAGAACCUGUGGGCGAGCUAGACGACAUUGGUGAGCUCGAUCUUGAUAUGCCUUGUGCUAAGAGUGCCCAGAAAAGUGCACCUGACGAUAUCAAGAAGGGGAGGACGAAUGCCGACACGCUUCGAGCGUUCCAGCAGGUCUUCGGCGACCUUCAAGAUGUGAACUCGUUCUCCAUGGAUGUGGAGAGAAGGUAUGCACCGUCUGCGAUCCGGGAAAUCUACUGUGAUAAAGCCCGUGAGUUCAUAUCGACCUGCAAAAGAGUCGGCAUCUCUGUAAAACAUUCCACUCCUGGCAUGCCUCGCACUAAUGCCAUUGCCGAGAGCAAGGUGAAGCUUGUCCUUCAUGGCGCACGAGUGGCGCUUCGACAAGCGGGACAAAGUGCGUAUUCGCUACGAUUUAAUGGUGCCGAAUUUGACGGUCAGGUUCUCCCAUUCGGAUGUCUUGUAGACUUCUAUCCCACGCCGGCACGAAAGCAAACCCGACGUAGUCAGAAAGAUGAAGUCGUACUCGGCGAUGGUGAGGAAUAUGCCGUACCUGCGCCUGGAGAUGAUGGAUUGGUCGAAGUCGAAUUUGGAUUCGAUGAUGAUGGUUAUCUCGAGUGGAUCGACGAUGGAGACGACGAUCGACCUGGAUCCCUCCAAGGACCAGACAUGGAUCAACGCCUAUCGUCCUACCAGCGCCCCAGCAAAUUCUCUCCCACGAGCAAACCCGGUGUGUUUCUGGGUUACCACUUCGAGAAUGGGGGCAGGUGGGAUGGUGACUAUAUAGUCGCCGACCUUGAAGAUUUCAAACGCGACGCACUGCGUGCGAGCGUCCAUCAGGUCAAGAAGCUAUACUGCUCACCCAAGGAGCGAUGGACAUUUCCGAUGCUGGCUGUAUACGAUAAACAGACACGAUCAGUGUGCAUCAACGAUCCCGCGAUGCAUUCUAAUGUGCCUAAGCCAAGUGAGCGUCUUGACGCCUCCGACAUGCUCGAUCUCGAAGAUAUCGAUGAAAUCUUCGCCCUUGAUGAGUCAACGCGAAUGACCGAUGAUGAUAUUCGCCAAGCUCGCGAGGCUGAGUUACGAGCAGAGUCCUCUCAUGGAGGAGGUGUUGACUACUGGGAGUAUGACCCAUCUGUGCAUAAAUGGACGUAUCACGUCGUUGUUCCAAGGAAAGCGAUGGUUCAUCCCAGUAAGACUCCCGGUUCCGUUGGGGAGUCGCCUGAUCCAUGGAAGCUGAGCACGGUGCGUAUAUCACAUGUUCAAUACAAGGACAAAAGCCCGGUUACGAUCUAUGAGACCGGGUAUGCCUUCGGCAAAACAAGACUCAUGCAGCUCUGGACCGGCAAUGUCGAAUUUUAUGAUGACGGCUAUGCCCCACCCAAGAAGAAGUUACCUCCUUACCACGGGUCGGAGAUCCUGGAAGGCGAGGGGGGUUUGCCUUAUCGUCAGAGUGUGCCGCGUUCCGAGCGGGCAUAUAAAGGGUCUCGAAAACCGAACUCUAUCGAUUCAGAAUCCUGGCGCAGUAUGAACCGCGCCGAACGGGAGGGAUAUGUAGAGGCUGAGCGCCGAGAAGCUGAGUCUCAUGCCAUGUCCAGAGAGGAUUCUCGCGAUGCUGCUCCUGUCGACAUCGCUUACGAUUCUGAAUAUGAGUCGGGUGCCGAACGGCGUGACAAGGAUUACUGGUAUCACGAUGUCGCAGCUGGCACGAUCACCCGAUUUCAUGUGAUCGAACGCCGAGCGCGCUUCAACCCUACCUCCGUCAAAGAUUGUCCCGUUGAUCCUACAACAUUGACCGAUGUCAGGAUGACUAUGGCCAUGACUGACGGUACCGAGUUCACGUUGCAGGACUCAUGGAGAUCAUCCGACACUCGGUCUCUGCCGUGUCGAUGGACGGGAAAGACGGUCUUCGUUAUCGGUUCUUCCGCCAAAACGCAGAUUAAAGUUCGAACCCGUAUGCCGAACGCCGAUGACACGGGGCGCCGCGUGCAGACUGCGAAUGGCUACUAA